AUGCUCUCCCAUAAAGCAAAGCAGGACAAGGUGGUGCGUGCCACAGACCUCGAUGCUUUGAGCUGUAGAUACAGUGCUGAACAGAAGGGCUACUUUCUGCCUCGAGAUGUGUUCAUCUCCGAUCUUAUCAAGUCUUAUGACCGGAAUCUCACCUAUGGAGAAGGUUACACCCAAUUAUCUGCUGGCCGGACACUCCGAGCGUCAUUCAGAGAUGGAAAGUUUCCGUUGAUUAACAGAGGCACUUAUUUCCGUACAGUGGCCAUCAAUCGUGUUGUGGACGAGUUCGUUGGUGGUUACCCUUCGGUUCAGAUCGUCUCAUUAGGUGGGGGCUCAGAUACUAGAUGUUUCCGGGUGUUAGAGAAAUACCAAAACGUCAAAUAUGUGGAGAUCGACUUCCCAGAGUCUGUUAAGAUCAAAAAGUUGGCUAUCAGUCAGAAUCCCGUUCUUCAAAAGAUAGUGGGAUCUCAGUUGGAUCCGCUCAUCGUCGAGUCCAAAGAGCAAUUAGCAAAUAUGGAUUCCGAUUUACAUACAGACAGAUACCACCUCUUAGGGUUUGACUUGCGGGGUUUGAGUGUUCUAGGCGAGAAAAAGCUAGACUUCUUGGACAGAACCGUUCCCACUCUAGUAAUCAGCGAGUGUGUGCUCUGCUACUUGACUCCAGAAGACAAUGAGAUGGUGUUGAAGUUCUGGAAGGAGUACUUGGCGAGGGUUUCUAUUCUAGUGUAUGAGCCGAUGGGAUUGGGAGAUGCAUUUGGUGAAACUAUGGCGCUGAAUCUAUUAAACAGAGGUAUCGACUUGCAGACUUUUCAUAAGUAUCCAGACCUCAAGUCACGGCAACAGCAUUACAGCUCGUUGGGUUUCACUGUGAAGUUGACGGAUAUGGCUCUGAUGGGAGGAUACUCUGAUGUGGGGUCUUCGUGGAUCGAUGCCAAAGAACACGCCCGAGUAUCAAGACUUGAGAUGAUCGAUGAGAUUGAGGAAAUCCGGCUUCUUCUCCAACACUAUUGCCUAAUAUAUGCCGAGGCGGGUGGAACUCUAGAAGAAGUUUUGCAACUUCGAUGGUUGCUUUGA